AUGCCGCCACGCAAGCGCUCGCUGUCGUCGCAGCAGGAUGAGCCGGAGAUGGAGGACCUGCUGAAAGACGUCGAGCAGCUGCCGCAGCUGCGUGCCUCCCUCCUGGACUGGUACGACGCCAACCACCGGGGCUUGCCCCUGGACGAGACCAUCUACCGCACCUGGGUGUGCGAGGUGAUGAGUCAGCAGACCCAGGUGGCACGCGUGGCAGAGUACUUUGGGCGCUGGGUCGCGCGGUGGCCGCGCGUCGCCGACCUGGCCGCCGCAGACCAGGACGCGGUGAACGAGGCCUGGGCGGGGCUGGGGUACUACCGCCGCGCGCGGUACCUCCUGGACGGCGCGCGCCACGUCGCGCGCGAGUGCGCAGGCGCCUUCCCGCGCACCGCCGCCGGGCUGCUGGCGGUGCCGGGCGUGGGGCCGUACACGGCCGCCGCCAUCGCCUCCACCGCCUGCGGCGAGCCGGUGCCCGUGCUGGACGGCAACGUGGCCAUGAUGGAGCUGGGGGCGACGGUCUGCGUCCCCGGCACGGCCCCGCGCUGCGACGCGUGCCCGCUGGCGGGCCGCUGCGCCGCGCUACGCCGCCAGCGAGAGCACUGGGGCGAGGCGGGGCCCACGCCGGGGGUGCCGGGGCCACGCGUCACCGACUACCCCACCAAGGUGGAAAAGGCGGCGAGGAGGGAGGUGGAGGUGGCGGUGGCCGUGCUGGAGGUCAGGCCUUGCUGCGGCACGGGACCUGGCAUGCAGGCCUUCAGCCCCGCUUACCUCCUGGUCAAGCGGCCGGAGAAGGGACUGCUGGCCGGGCUCUGGCAAUUCCCGCUCGCCGAGCUUGAGGGCGGCGGGGAGGAAAGCGCGGCCAAUCAGCAGCGCGCCGUGGACUCCCUGCUGGCGGGCCUCCUGCCCGGCCUGUUUGAUGAGUCCAAGGAAAGCACCGCGCCGAAGGUCGUGUCGCGGCGGGCGCUGGGCGAGGUCGUCCACAUCUUCUCCCACAUCCGCAUGACCAUCCGAGCCGAGCACGUCCUCGUUGCGGCCUCUGCCGCCCAGCUGGAGGACUGGAAGCGUGGCUCGGGCCGAUCCAGCGAGUGCCCGGAGUGCCAGUGGCUGGAGCAGGAAGCCCUGGACGCCAAGGGCCUCAGCAGCAGUGUGCAAAAAGUCCUGAAGCUGUACAAGAGUGCGGCCAAGGAGAAGAGGCAGUCCAUCACCAGAUUCUUUGCGGCAAAGACCGAGUAG